GACGAAUGUUAUUGACCACACCUUCCUCGUGUCAAAUACAGACUGAACACUGAUAAUCUAUUAUCUCUCUCCCUGCUCUCUCUCUCUGCUCAUCUCUAUGUCCACAAAUGACAACUACAACCAAUCUCCUCCGUCUCUCCCUCUCCUCCCAUCCCAAACUCUCUCUCCACCGCCCUCCUCACCUCACUCUCCGCCCUAAUCUCCGCCGCAAAUGUCUCUCCCCGCCUCUCAUCUUCGCCAAGGCCGUCGACUUCAAACCUUCGCCUCCGCAGCUCCAGCAACAGAACCUCUCCACUGACUCGAUCCUCCUCGACGUCACCGGGAUGAUGUGCGGCGCGUGCGUCUCACGCGUCAAGUCGAUCCUCGUCUCCGACCUCCGCGUUGACUCCGCCGUGGUCAAUAUGCUGACGGAGACCGCCGCGAUCAAGCUGAAGAGCGAUAUUGAAGUGGCGGAUGACGUGGCGGAGGAGGUUGCGAGGAAGCUGACGGAGUGUGGAUUUCCGGCGAAGAGGAGAGCGGCGGGAGCGGGAGUGGAGGAGAAAGUGAAGAGAUGGAGGGAGAGUGUGAAGAAGAAGGAGGCUAUGCUUGUCGAAAGUCGAAACCGUGUCGUUUUCGCCUGGACUCUAGUGGCUCUCUGUUGUGGAUCUCAUGCCACUCAUAUACUACAUUCUCUCGGCAUUCAUGUUGCUCAUGGUCCAGUUGUGGAGUUCCUUCAUAAUUCCUAUGUGAAAGGCGGUUUAGCUGUGGGAGCUUUGUUAGGACCUGGUCGAGAUCUGCUUUUUGAUGGUCUAAAAGCAUUUACCAAAAGAUCACCAAAUAUGAACUCCUUGGUUGGAUUUGGAUCAAUUGCUGCAUUUGCGAUUAGUUCGGUGUCACUCCUUAACCCUGGACUUCACUGGGAUGCGUCAUUCUUUGAUGAGCCGGUAAUGCUUCUUGGCUUCGUUCUCCUAGGACGUUCACUGGAAGAAAGGGCAAGGCUUAAGGCAUCUAGUGAUAUGAACGAACUGUUGUCAUUAAUAUCCACUCAGUCACGGCUUGUAAUUAGUCCCUCUACAAGUGAUACCUCAGAUGAUAGUGUACUUGCCUCUGAUGCGAUCUGCAUCCAAGCCUCAACUGAUGAUAUCCGAGUUGGAGACUCACUGCUGGUGUUGCCAGGAGAAACUAUUCCUGUGGAUGGAAAAGUUCUUGCAGGUCGAAGUGUUGUGGAUGAGUCCAUGCUCACCGGGGAAUCUCUUCCAGUAUUUAAAGAAGCCGGCCUUUUGGUCUCAGCUGGAACAAUAAACUGGGACGGACCUUUGAGAAUAGAAGCUUCUUCUACUGGCUCCAACUCAACAAUUGCAAAAAUAGUUCGCAUGGUUGAAGAUGCUCAAGGCCGUGAAGCACCUAUACAGAGGCUUGCAGAUUCAAUUGCUGGGCCUUUUGUCUACAGUGUUAUGACUUUGUCAGCAGCAACAUUUGCUUUCUGGUACUACCUUGGAACACACUUAUUUCCAGACGUCUUGCUUAAUGACAUCGCUGGGCCUGAUGGAAAUUCUUUGCUCCUGAGUUUAAAGCUUUCAGUAGAUGUCUUGGUGGUAUCUUGCCCGUGUGCACUAGGCCUUGCCACACCAACAGCAAUCCUUGUAGGCACCUCUCUUGGAGCGAAGGAGGGACUUCUGAUUAGAGGAGGAGAUGUAUUGGAACGCUUAGCAGCUGUAGAUGUAAUUACUGUGGACAAGACAGGAACUCUUACCGAGGGCAAACCUGCUGUUUCUGCUGUCACAUCUUUCGUCUAUGAAGAGUCGGAGAUUUUAAGAAUUGCUGCUGCAGUGGAGAAAACUGCAGUACAUCCAAUCGCAAACGCUAUAAUUAGCAAAGCAGAGUCACUAAAUUUGAAUAUCCCAACUACACAAGGACAAUUGGCUGCACCGGGCUUUGGGUCCUUGGCAGAAGUGGAGGGGAAAUUGGUUGCAGUUGGCUCUUUGGAGUGGGUUCAUGAACGGUUUCAGCAAAGAAAGAACCUAUCCGAUCUUUUAAGUCUUGAGCAAUCAGUAAAACAUCAAGCAAUGAGAGGAAAUUCCUCGUCAAAUCAUUCACAAACAGUUGUUUAUGUUGGCAAGGAAGGAGAAGGUGUUAUUGGGGCUAUUGCUAUAAGUGAUAAUAUACGACAGGAUGCCGAAUCUACUAUAAGCAGGCUACGACAGAAAGGAAUAAAAACAGUGCUAUUAUCUGGAGACAGGGAAGAGGCAGUUGCAAUUGUGGCAAAAACUGUUGGAAUAGAUAGUGAAUUCAUCAAUGCGUCAUUGACACCACAACAGAAAUCUGGUUGUAUCUCAAAACUUCAGGAUUCAGGCCACACUGUUGCAAUGGUUGGUGAUGGAAUUAAUGAUGCGCCUUCUCUGGCUCUUGCUGAUGUUGGAUUCGCUUUGCAAAUCGAAGGACAAGAAAACGCUGCAUCUAAUGCAGCGUCAAUCAUACUUCUAGGAAACAGAUUAUCUCAGGUGGUAGAUGCACUUGAUCUUGCUCAAGCAACAAUGACAAAGGUUCACCAAAAUUUGUCGUGGGCAGUAGCAUAUAAUGUUGUCGCAGUUCCCAUUGCAGCUGGUGUACUUCUUCCUCAUUUUGAUUUUGCCAUGACUCCUUCCCUUUCAGGUGGUUUAAUGGCUUUAAGCUCAAUUUUCGUUGUCACCAAUUCACUGCUUCUGCAGUUCCAUCAACCUCAGAAAAAAGUGAAAGCGCCGAAUUCUGCCUUGAGUCGGUAAUUUAAGUACAUAUGCCUCCAGAAUACUUAAGUAGCCAGCUUCCAGCUUCCACAAUAAACUUCCACGGCGUUCUAAGUAUGUAUGCUUCCACAUCACUACGAGUAGCUAGCUAGCUUGUACUAUAUACUCAAAAGCAUUUUUUUCGAGAUAGUAAAUUGUACCCUGAUGUUUACUAGAUGGGUAAUAAGAAUAAGUUAUGUAUUAUUACUAUUGUACAACUCAUUGUCAAAUGUAAAAAUGUAAGCAGUGUAUCAAGAACUACAUGAAACCAAAGAUCUCGUGGUCUAGUGGUAUCUCCCGAAGGUAAAAGCAAGAACUACAUGAAACCAAAGAUCUCGUGGUCCAGUGGUAUCUCCCGAAGGUAAAAGUAGUUGUCUAAGUGUUAUCAAUCUUUGAUAACUUUUUUCAAUAUACACAAUUGAUUACAGAGGGAGGGCCAAGUUGCAUAAUGAGUUGACUGUAAUUUACCUGGGGGUAAAUCAAUAUAACAGGUUUAUAUAUA